AUGCAGUUCUCGACUCUAUUCGUAUUGUCAAUGAUGCUGCUAUUUCUUACGCAUGAAACUUGUUGUUUCAGCUGGGUUUGCUUAGGGGAGGGGGCAACGGUAUGCUCGGCGCCUGUCACCAAAUCCGAAAAAAGUCGUAACCGAGACUUGAAAGAUUUCUGGGUGUCGGAUGCUAAAGGCGCAGGCACAAAUCUAUUCACUUGUGACGAUGUCCUUCCAGGGGGUCAUUUGGCAACCCGCGGAUGGUGCUGCAUUUUUAAAUCGCUCAAAUCGAAUACCAUCACCACCGCAGAGCUCUAUCAGUGUUUGGUUGGUUAUAACGGGCUACACAAACGAUCCACCAUAGGCUAG